AUGGGCCCGCCCCUCCAGCACGUCUGCGGCAUCGCCAUCGGCUACUGCGAGGCGCGCGCCGUCAUCAUACGACGCGACGCGACGACGAACGCGAUCGGCCAGCCUUCAUUGGUCGCGUCGGAGUCGGGCGCGCGCAGCACGCCUUGUGCUGUCGCAUUGGGAGGCACGGGCGAGUGUGUGGUAGGAGACGCCGCCCUGUCGCAAGCCGCCAAGAACCCGGCGGCGACCGUGCCGCGCGCGCUGAGUUGCUUGCCCCAUUCAAAUGAUGACGAAGGCGCGCUGAAGGCCCGGUUAGCGACGCACGGCGCCGGGAAAGUCGAAAUAGAUGGCGCCACGCUGCAGCUCGCCAAGACCGUCUGGGACGAGGACGGCGAGGAGACCGAGGUAACUGCUGCUUUAAGCGGUUCGGACGUCGUCGCGAAGAUCUUCGGUGAAUUGCGGACGCGGGUCGCUGAUACAUUAGGAGCGGACGCGAAGGAGGUCUUAUGUUGUGUCUUAGCCGCGCCGUCGGAUAUUUUGGCUGAUACGGUCUCUCGCAAAGCUUUGUUGGAUGCGGCGGCCCAGGCCGGGCUGCGCAUUUUGCAAGUCGUCGACGAAGGUGAUAGCGUCGCGAGCUUCGCCGCCCAGGACGACGUGGCGUGCGAUUCGGUCGUCGUGUUGGACGUCGGCGGGACUCGUGCCAAGGCGACGUCGUAUACAAGGCACGCCACUGGAAUCCUAGAGAGAGCCAAAUGUCAGGACGACGCGUCGCUGAGUGGCGACGCGUUCACGUCCUGCUUGUACGUCUUCGCGGCGACCUUCCUCCGGAGGCGGCAGAAGAUCGACGUCGACACGGGCGGCGCGCGGGCCAAGCGCAAGUUAAGAGAUGCCUGCGCCCGCGCCGCCAAGCUCCUGGCGAACGGCGCGGCGCAGGCCGACGUCGAGGCCGACGCGUUAGUCGACGGCAUGGACGCGCGCGCGCGCGUGACGCGCGCGCGCUUCGAGGACUUGACAUCGGACGUCGUGGCGAAGGCACAAUCAUUGGUGGAGGCCGUCUCCAUUGGAUCGAGUCCUCUCUUAAUCUUCGCGGGCCAAGCCGCGCGGUCCGCGCCGCUGCGCGCGGCAGUAGUGGCGGCGGUGCCGGGCGCGGCCGUCGCGGCCUUCGGCGAGGCCGCGGAGCUCGCCUGCGUCGGCGCCGCGCGCCAGGCGGCUUUAUUGGCCUUCGGCGCGGACCCCGAGACCGCCGCGCCGGCCGAGCGCCGCGGCAAGGGCCUCGCCAAGGCCUUCGCGUCGCCGCGCGCCGACUUCUGCCUCAAGCAGACGGCGCUGCCCUGCCUCGAGGCCGACGUGAGCGUCGCGGCGGCGCGCCUCGCGGCGUUCCCGACCGACAAGCCGUCCGCGGAGGCCGCGCUCGCGCCGCUCGCGGCCGCGGCGGUCGCCGUCGCCGCGGCGGGCGCGCCGCUGCCGCUCGGGAGCGACGCGUCGGUCGCGGUCGCGGGGGCCGGGCCGGCGCUCGCCGUCGCCGUCUUCGCGGGCGGCGCGCUCGUGGCCGCCGUCGACGCGUCGGCGCUUGGGGCCGCGACGGAGGUCCUCGCGGCCGUCGCGAUCGCCGCGGACGCGGCGCUCUCCGUUGCCGUCGAGGCGGACGGGACGCGGCUUCCCGAGGUGCGCGUACCGGCUGCAUCGUAG